GUCCACCUUCCCUCUGAAAAUGCUUCUAAAACAACCAAAAUGUAUCCAACUACAGAAUUUUCUUUAAGUGAAGAAGCAUCAAGUACAGAUGCAAUGGCAGAAUAUACAUUUAGAAGUAAAAGAGAAGAAUAUAGGAAAAAUAAAAAUGUUGAGGAAACAAUGCCUAUAAUAUUUGAAAGGAAUAAUCAAAGACAACAAAAACAAUUUCCUUUUUCUAAAAAAGAAUUAAAUAAUAAUAAUAUUGAAGAAGAAAAACAAAAAAGACGUAAAUCAAGCACAGCAAUAAUUAUACACAAAAAUAUUCCAAAAGGGCCAGCACCUUUAGUUAGAGUAGAUUCUUUAAUUGAAUUAACUACAACAAUUAGUAGUGGUGGUGGGGGAUGUUCUUCUUCUAAUAAUAAAACUUUUGGAAAUUUAAAAAGAACAUAA